AUGGCAUGGGAGCGUCUCAUGUCUGAAGGUUUCAGCACGGUGCCGGAUGGUGGAGUGUCACCCAAGGUCAUCCCUGAGAAUCUUGCGCAACGAGUGUUGGGAGGCGAGGAACAAACAUGCCCUACGGCGGAAAGCGGCAUACUGCGCGUCGCCUCUCGGGUCGGCCAUGGCUUUGGCCCGACACAGGAGGCUCUCUGCGCUCCUGUCAAACCUCCACCCUCCUUGCUGGAGGAGGAUGAGGUCCCACCACCGCCAUCAGAUGAAGAGGACAUUGCUGAACAACCUCUGGAGACGCGCGUUACAUCUUGCGAGCUUCACGCUGCGGUUUGGCGAGCUGAUCAGGCAGAAAUCUCCGCACUUCUGCUGGGCCAUGCUGACGUCAAUGCAGAAGAUGUCCACGGCGUUACUCCUCUGAUGCUUGCGGUUGAGCUCAUACCACGAUCAACCGAAUACCUGUCUGUGGUAGAGUUUCUUCUGGACCAUGGGGCAGACCCCCGUCGCCGCUCCAGCCUUGGAUGGUCUCCACUAGACGUAGCCGUGAGUAGUGGGGAGCGAGGUCUGGUGCGAUUACUUUUCGAUGCUGCGCAACAGGAUCUGCAGCAGCGUUGGGGUGUGCGACUGGCUUCCAUCACCAAGUCCCUGAGCCUCCUGCCAGAUUUUGAGUGCCGCAUACGGUGGGAGUUCGAAUCGCCCGUAAUUCCGUUGCUGAGCAAGCUCGCUCCCUCUGAUGUGCUGCAUGUGCGAAAGCGUGGGAGCUGUCUGCGGCUAGACUCUACCUUGGCUUCUUGGAAGAGGUUUCGUUUUAGCAAACGCCGUAAUCUCACCAUGCUGUUCAUAGGCGAGAAGCUGAGCGAGGAUAUGGAUAUGGGCAAGUGGACUGACCAGAUUUCACGUGGUUUCUACAUGGUGAACCAUGAUAAGCAGCUCGUUGUAGACAUGACGCAAAGCUUGGACGGGGCAGAGGCAGCUGCAGUUGUAGAAGAUUUGGUCAAGGCGGAUGCCAUGCAGUGGGACAUGAGCGUGGCUAGUGUCGAUGUCACGGAAGGGACCACGUGGCUGGGCUCCCUAGCAGGGCCAUGUGACGUGAAUGGGUGGAACUGCAUGCGCUUUGAUGUUCGUGGCGAGCUUGGCAUGACCAUGCGGAAGAAAGGCAUGCGCAUCGAUGGCCUGACCUUCCAGGACUAUUUUGGUCGGCCGCUGCCACCAGACGCCUGCUUGCCUGAGCUUCGCCGCGAGUUUGAAGCCACGCGUCAACAAGCUACAAAGCCAAAGGUCUCGCAGACCACCACGCCCUCCACGGAGUGCUUUGUGCUUGGUGAUGAGGACUCCGAGGCAGGCUCCAUCCAGUCAGAGGUCUUGGAGGACUGGCCCGACACUGCAGCAAGCGCACCGCUUGCAUCAGCACCGGUAUCUGGCAGUGUUUGGUUGGCGACUGACUUUCCCAUCUCCAUGAAUCAGUUCACACCGGUUCUGGAUGCCCUUGCUGUGCACCACAACCCCAUGAAGCGCUUGAAGGAGAUCGUGCAGUCGCCGAGCCUGCAGGAGUGUGUUGAACAGACAUGGACGCAGAGAACUUGA